AUGACUCUCCCCGAUCCGUUUCCUGAAACACAUGCGUUGAUCGCACUACUGCCAGAGACGAGCCACAGCCUAAAGAUGCCUCUACUGUACCUGUCGACCCGCCAGACAGAGUGGCCCAUCUACCAGUCUCUACAUCGCAACAUCUACCCAAUAUGCUUUCUCUUCGUCUUUCUUCUUCGCUACACCCGCGUUCUUAUUAGUCUAUACGGCACCUAUAGAUACCGGCCUACACCCAUACCGCUCAACCCCACGUACCACAUCAACGAUGUCACAGUCAUCAUACCCACCACAGACCUCAUGUCCGAAACACUGCAUCAUGUUGUCCGCUCCAUACUCAACCAACGCGUACCAAAGCUCAUCAUCGCAACCGCCGGCACCCAAGCCGCAGAACAGUUUCGCUCUUUCCGAGCUUUAUUCCCAGAGAGCAAGGUCGUAGUAGCUCAUCGCGUCAAGGCCUCCCGCCGGGAACAAACAGCACAAGCACUCAAGCAAGUCGAAACGCGGCUCGUCAUUCUCCAAGACGAUCACACAUACUGGCCCCAAUCCGCGCGCUUCAUCGCUUCCGUGAUCGCACCCUUCGAAGACACCAAAGUCGGUGCUGUGAGCGCCGACCUGCAAGCCCGGCACCGCGGACACCCCUUCUCCUGGCCCGGAUUCUGGAACUUCAUGGGCAUGACCUACCUGAUGCGCCGUUCCUACGAGUACCGCGGCACCUACGGCAUCGACCGCGGCCUAUCAACGUUACCAGGCCGUUUCGGCGUCUUCCGCACGACUAUCUAUGCAUCGCCCGAGUUCCUCAACGGAUACCUAAAUUCGUACAUGCCCUUCAAAACCGAGCCACUAAACUCCGACGACGACAAAUUCCACACCCGCUGGCUGAUUGAACAUGACUGUAAAAUGGGUCUGCAGGCUGGUCCCGAUAGCGUCAUGACGACGGAACUGGGCGAGUGGCCCAAGUUCAUGAGUCAAGUGCUUCGCUGGACUCGAACAACGUGGCGCAACAACCCGGCGCAGUUGAUGGGUAGGCUGACGUGGAUGCGUCAUCCCUUCAUGUCGUGGAGUCUGCUCAUGUGGUUUUUCCGUCAGUCGCUCACACAGGAAACGUGUAUGUACAUGACUCUUCGGGGUUCCCUGAAGCAGUACGGAAAGUCUGAUUACUUCCCUGUCACCGCAUCUGCGCUCACGCUCUGGAUCUUGUCGUUCAAGUUUGUCAAGAUCCUCGAACACUUCCGCAAGCAUCCGCGCGAUGUUGUGUAUUUCCCCGCGUAUCUUUUGAACCUGCUUCGAAGCGGAUGGCUUUGGAUGUACCUCCAGCUGUCGAAGAUCGGCCAAAGCGACCGGCCAUUCCUUGGGGCCAUAUCCCAUACCCUUUCGGCGGUCUCCCUGGAGAUCCGCCAAGCGCAGCAGAAAGUCACCAUCGACCUGACGAAGAGAUAUCAGACGAUCGACGGCUUUGGAUUUUCAGGCGCCUUCCAGCGCGCAAACCUCAUCGUCAAUCUCCAGCAGCCCAAACAGCGCGAGGUUCUUGAUCUACUCUUUAACACGACCACCGGCGCUGGCUUCUCAAUCGUGCGCAACGGCAUUGGCUCGACACCUAAUAGCAACAGCGAUUUCAUGAACACGAUCCUUCCUAAAUGCCCAAGUACACCAGCUGAAGUCACUACGAACUACAGCGGGUACGUCUGGGAUGCUAAGGAUAGCGGACAGUUGUUUCUCAGCCAGAGAGCACAAGAGUAUGGCGUCAACACCUUCUAUGCGAAUGCAUGGAGCGCGCCUGGAUGCAUGAAGACAAACAACCAGGACACCAACGGCGGCCAGCUCUGUGGUGUCUCUGGUACCAAUUGCCGCUCUGGAGAUUGGAAACAAGCCUACGCGAACUACCUCGUCGCAUACAUCAACUUCUACGCAUCAGCCGGCGUCAAAGUCACACACCUCGGCUUCCUCAACGAGCCCGACUUAUCCACCUCGUACGCCUCAAUGCAAUCAUCCGGCACCCAAGCCGCCGAGUUCAUCAAAGUCCUUCGUCCCACACUCGACCGUGCGAAUCUGACUUCCGUCGGCAUAAACUGCUGCGAAGCGACAGGCUGGAACGUCGCAACCCAACACGCGCAGCAAAUCGCAUCUGCCGGCGCCGAAAGCCUCGUCUACGCCAUCACCUCGCACGAAUAUACUUCGCGCAUCAGCGGCACCAUGCGCACUGCCGCUCGCGUCUGGCAAACCGAGUACUCAGACCUAAGCGGCGGUUGGAGCACGGCCUGGUAUUCCAACGGCGGUGCCGGCGAUGGCUUCACCUGGGCCAACACCGUCUUUAACGGUGUCGUAAACUCCAAUCUGUCCGCGUACAUCUUCUGGGAAGGCGUCCAGGACCGCGCUACGAAUGAUGAUAACAACGAGAAGCUUAUCUUGGUUGAUGGCCAGAACUACCAUGUUAGCAAGCGGCUUUGGGCUUUCGCGCAGUUUCGCGUCGUUAGGACGGGUGCUGUGAGGGUGGGGGCGAGUGGUGGGGCGAAUGUCAAGGCUGGUGCUUUUGUUAAUAAGGAUGGGAGUGUUGCGGUUGUGGUUAUUAAUUCUGCGGCGGGUGCGCAGAGUGUGAGUGUUGCGCUGGCUGGGUAUCCGGAUGUGAGGGCGUGGUAUACGGAUAAUACUCACGACAUGAGCGCCGUGAUGGUGGCGGUGGGGAGUGAUGGGACUGCGAGCGCGAGUGUGCCAGGUAGAGCGAUGAUCAGUUUUCUGUUCAAGAAGGCUGCGAAUGCGACGAUGUCGUAA